CCGGCUCCCCGGGGCCGGCGGUGCCGUCGCCCCCGCCUGGUGCACCACCCGAGUGCCGGAAGAUGUCCACUCGGACCCCGCUGCCCACAGUGAACGAGCGCGACACGGAGAACCACACAUCUCAUGGCGAUGGCCGCCAAGAAGUCAGCUCUCGAGCUGGGCGCUCUGGAGCGCGCUGUCGGAAUUCCACAGCGUCCUGUGCGGACGAGCAGCCUCACAUUGGAAACUACAGACUGCUGAAAACAAUCGGCAAGGGGAAUUUUGCAAAAGUGAAGUUGGCAAGACAUAUCCUUACAGGCAGAGAGGUCGCAAUAAAAAUAAUUGACAAAACUCAGUUGAAUCCAACAAGUCUACAAAAGCUCUUCAGAGAAGUAAGAAUAAUGAAGAUUUUAAACCAUCCAAACAUAGUGAAGUUAUUUGAAGUCAUUGAGACCGAAAAAACUCUCUACCUAAUCAUGGAGUACGCAAGUGGAGGUGAGGUGUUUGACUACCUGGUUGCACAUGGAAGAAUGAAAGAAAAAGAAGCAAGAGCGAAGUUUCGACAGAUCGUGUCUGCGGUGCAGUACUGCCACCAGAAGCGCAUCGUCCACAGAGACCUCAAGGCUGAAAAUCUAUUGUUAGAUGCUGACAUGAACAUUAAAAUAGCAGACUUUGGUUUUAGCAAUGAAUUUGCUGUUGGCAGUAAACUGGACACCUUCUGUGGCAGUCCUCCGUAUGCGGCCCCAGAGCUCUUCCAGGGCAAGAAAUACGACGGGCCUGAGGUGGACGUGUGGAGCCUGGGCGUCAUUCUCUACACGCUAGUCAGCGGCUCACUUCCUUUCGACGGGCAGAACCUAAAGGAACUGAGAGAGAGAGUCCUGAGAGGGAAGUACAGAAUCCCUUUCUACAUGUCCACGGACUGUGAAAACCUCCUCAAGCGUUUCCUGGUGCUAAAUCCAAUCAAACGAGGCACUCUAGAGCAAAUCAUGAAGGAUAGGUGGAUCAAUGCAGGACAUGAGGAGGAUGAACUGAAACCAUUCAUUGAACCAGAACUCGACAUCUCGGACCAGAAGAGAAUAGAUAUUAUGAUAGGAAUGGGAUAUUCACAAGAAGAAAUUCAAGAAUCACUUAGUAAAAUGAAAUAUGAUGAGAUCACAGCUACAUAUUUGUUGUUGGGGAGAAAAUCUUCAGAGCUGGAUGCUAGUGAUUCCAGUUCUAGCAGCAAUCUCUCACUUGCAAAGGUCAGGCCAAGCAGUGAUCUCAACAAUAGCACUGGCCAGUCUCCUCACCACAAGGUGCAGAGAAGCAUCUCCUCAAGCCAGAAGCAGAGGCGGUAUAGUGACCAUGCCGGGCCAGCUAUUCCUUCCGUUGUGGCGUAUCCAAAAAGGAGUCAAACGAGCGCUACAGAUAGUGACCUUAAAGAAGAUGGGGUCCCCACCCGGAAGUCAGGUGGCAGUGUCGCUGGAGGAAAGGGGAUCGCUCCAGCCAGCCCCAUGCUCGGCAACGCCAGCAACCCCAACAAGGCAGACAUCCCUGAGCGCAAGAAGAGUUCCACGGCCCCGGGGAGUAACGCAGCAUCUGGUGGAAUGACGAGGCGGAAUACUUACGUUUGUAGUGAAAGAACUACAGCUGAUAGGCAUUCGGUCAUUCAGAAUGGAAGAGAGAACAGUGCCCUUCCGGAUCAGAGCGCUCCAGUUGCAUCAACGCACAGUGUUAGCAGCGCGGCCACCCCCGACCGCAUACGCUUCCCCAGAGGGAGGGCCAUUCGAAGCACUUUCCACGGCCAGCCCCGGGAGCGGCGGACAGCCACGUACAACGGCCCGCCAGCCUCGCCCAGUCUGUCCCACGAAGCCACACCCUUGUCCCAGACUCGCAGCCGGGGUUCCACGAAUCUUUUUAGUAAACUCACUUCAAAACUAACCAGGAGAAACAUGUCAUUCAGGUUUAUCAAAAGGCUUCCAACUGAAUAUGAGAGGAACGGGAGAUAUGAGGGCUCCAGUCGCAAUGUGUCUGCCGAGCAGAAGGAUGAGAACAAAGAUGCCAAGCCCCGCUCACUGCGCUUCACCUGGAGCAUGAAGACCACGAGCUCCCUGGACCCUGGGGACAUGAUGCGGGAGAUCCGCAAGGUCCUGGAUGCCAACAGCUGUGACUAUGAGCAGAGGGAGCGCUUCCUCCUGCUCUGUGUGCACGGCGACGGGCACGCCGAGAGCCUGGUGCAGUGGGAGAUGGAGGUGUGCAAGCUGCCCAGACUCUCUCUCAAUGGCGUUCGGUUCAAGCGGAUAUCAGGCACAUCCAUCGCUUUUAAAAAUAUCGCUUCCAAGAUUGCCAACGAGCUCAAGCUGUAGCUCUGUCAUUACGGUAUAAAUUACGCAGCCGUUUCAAGUGUUUUCCAGAACACGGAGACGUAUUUAGAACCCUCUUUAGGCAAUAACGUCUGCAUCUUCUAAAUCAUGAUAUUAAAGUCUGAGAAUGCGCGCA